CCAGAAUUGUCAAAAAGAACAACAUUCUGAGGUAAAUGGAGGGUCCCUUGUGUAACCUUUUCUCUUUUUAGUAUUGUGCUGCCUAAAUUUUCUAAUUAUUUAAGGCAAAAUACUGGACAAAUGUUUACACUUUAUGCUUCCUAAAAGUAAAUUACACAUGUUGCUGCUACUUGACUGUACUCGUUUGUGAUGUUACGAAGUGCAUAUUAACAAUAUGUGACAGUUUUAUAAUAGUAUAUAAUUAUUGUAUGGUGCAUUGAACUCUUAAAUAGAGGUGUAUUGCAAUUGAUCUGAAUAUUUAAUUGUCUCUUCCAUAGACCAUUUUAAUAGUAAACUGAAGAACAAUAUUCAAAACCUGCUUCCCAUGAGUUCACAAACUACAACACUUCCUGUGAAUAAUACAUUUGUGCGUCCACAAAUGUUUUACAUUAGUGGUUUACAUGAUAUGCCCUUUGCAAACUAUUUUUAUAUUUUUCUGUUUAUUGUGCUCAUUCUUACAGUGUUUUCUAAUGUAUUUCUUCUUGUUUUAAUAUGUUUUGCUUCAAGUCUUCACAAUCCAAAAUAUAUUGCUGUUAGUCACUUAGCCUUAGUUGAUUUAUGCACAUCAGUGACUGUCAUUCCUAAAGUAAUUGAAAUGUUUCUUUUUAAUUCCAGUUUUAUAACAUAUGAAGCGUGUUUAGCUGGUAUGUUUUUUGUUCAUUUCUUUAACUCAAUGCAGUCUCUUUCUCUAGUCAUAUUAGCUUAUGACCGGCUUCUUGCCAUAUGUCUACCUUUAAGAUAUCACAGUAUUAAUACUAAUGGCAGGAUGAUAAUAAUUAUACUCUCAGCUUGGAUGUUUUCUGCUGUUACAUUUUCUAUAAUGGUCCUCCUGAUUACCAGACUCAACUUCUGUGGGUCCAUAGUGAUAAACAGUUAUUUCUGUGAUCAUGGCCCUGUGUUUCGCUUAGCCUGCAAUGAUUCUUCCCCAAACAUAAUAAUGGGUUUUACUAACAUUGCAUUGUUUCUGUUUUUGCCACUGGUCUUUAUUCUUUUUACAUACUUAGCCAUUGGGUUAGCAUUGUUAAAAAUUGCAACAGCAGAAGGAAGACAGAAAGCACUAAAAACCUGCACUUCACAUAUCCUUUUAGUGGCAUUGUUUUAUACUCCAUUGGCAGUUACAUAUUCAGCAACAUAUGUUGUCAGUUUUCAUCCAAAUGCAAGAAUUCUAAAUAAUUCAUUGUCAGCAACAAUCCCACCAUUGCUGAACCCCAUAAUUUAUACUCUAAAAACUGAAGAGGUAACAGAAUCAAUGAAAAAACUGUUCAAAACAAAACAAGACAAGAAUGGAAAAAUAAGAAAUUCCAAGAUUCUAGCCAAAUAA